AAAAAAAAAAAAAUAGAUGUCCUACAAAUUGAUACCUUUUAAGUAGCCAGGUUUGAAAACAGAGGUCAAUAAUAAUAACAUUAUUUGGUGUAAUCCUAACUUGCAGGUAAGUGUACACAAAAAAACAGCGAACUGAGAAUUUUAGCUUCCCUAUGCAAUUGAAGACAGGUAAGGGACUCAUUUUUAGUUAACUGUACGUAUGCGAAUAGUAAAUAUGCGAAAGACGUUUCACCAGCUACAUACAACACUAUUGGUAGUUUCAAAAAGUGAUUUGUCAAAAAUACUAGGUAUACUUUCUCAAAGAUUUAUUCAAAAUUAACCAAAAAUAAGUUGCAGAUAACAGCAGGUAAAAAGAAGCCACUCUUAUUAUUACAACAAUUUUUAAAACGGAUAUAGAUUAUUCCACAAAAAAUAAAAUUCUGUUCCAAGGCCUAACCAUUAAUAUAUUAUCUUUUAGUUGAUUAUUUUAUUUAACGUUAUGAUUAGAUUUGUAUUUUUUCUUUAAAGAAUAUUCUAUCUUCAAAUUUUAUCGCGAGAAAUUAUUCACGAAAAAAAAAUUUUCUCCGAGUUUUCUAAAAAAAUAAUUCUAAUAAAUCUGUUUGUAAUUAUAAAUUCAAAUACUGUAAAUACCAUUUUUUUGUUGUUCAUGAUUAGCUUUUACCCGCGUCUUAUUCGUUCGCGUUGAUAUCCUAAAUACGUGUCAAAAAUCAUCGACGACCACACAAAAUUAAUUUUUUCUAUCCCUUGGGAACAGUAACUUUUGUGUAUAAAAGGUACCCUGUAUCCUCUUCUAUGCCCCUGACAAUGUGUUUACAACAUUUUUGAUGAGUCCUUGUAUUCGUUUACGUUUUUAAUUUUUUUUUAAAGAAAUGUUUAUGUAUUCAUAUAAAUUAUCAAGUGAUAGAAAGAUAAAGAAACUAGUUCACCUCUACAUUGUCCUUCACGGACUGAAUUUAGUCAAGAUAUGGCCUAUGGUGUGUGGUCAACAUGAUGGCCAAUUGUAUCCUUAUUUCGAAGUUGAACGUGGUGCCUGUUUUGUGUUGUUUAGUGAAUCCUUUGCAAAUGUUAGUUUGAUAGACUUUUAAUACUACUAGUUUGCAACAAAUUUCUUUCGCAAUAAAAGAUGGAAAUAGCGGAGGAAAUUAUUCGUAACGUAACAGAACAUAUUGGAGUGACUGAAAUUGAAACAGCUCUACGACGUUUCGGUUGGGCCGAUUAUAUGGUAUUUAUACUCAUGCUAACUGUUUGCAUUGGAAUUGGAAUAUAUUUCGGUGUCUAUAAUGCAGCAACUUCGUCUCAGGAAUAUCUUGUUGGAGAACGUGCCAUGAAGACUGUUCCGAUUGCAAUGUCACUAAUUGCCAGCUUCGUGAGUGGUAUAUCACUACUAGGCAUUCCCACAGAAAUAUACGUGUACGGAAUACAAUACGUGUAUAUUUUCGGAGGUGUUAUACUAAUGGGUAUUAUAAUGGAAAAUGUAUUCUUACCUGUUUUCCAUAAUCUAAAAGUCACGUCAACUUAUGAGUAUUUGGAAAGAAGAUUUGAUAAACGGAUAAGAUUCUUUGGAGCACUUCUUUUUUCUAUUAACUUGAUAACAUGGCUCCCUUUGGUAGUUUAUGUACCUGCCCUGGCUUUUAAUCAAGUUACCGGUGUAAAUAUUCACCUUGUCACACCAAUAGUAUGCCUAAUUUGCAUAUUUUAUACGUCAGUGGGAGGUAUAAAAGCGGUUGUAUGGACUGACGUAAUCCAAACCGUGUUAAUGUUGCUGGCAAUAAUUCUUGUUAUCGUCAAGGGGUCGUUGGAUGUAGGUGGAUUUGGCGUAGUUUGGGAACGAAACUGGAUUAGCGGCCGCAUUGAAUCACCCAACUUAGAUCCAAACCCACUCUCUAGAACUACAUUAUGGUCUUUAAUAUUUGGUGGAUGUAUCUACUGGCUUCAAUCAAGUGGAGUAAAUCAAAACAUGAUGCAGAGAUAUCUUUCUUUGCCAUCACUUUCAGCAACAAGAAGGGCAUUGUGGAUAUUCGUUGCUGGAUUUUGUCUGAUUAUAUUUCUUUGUUCAUACACUGGUUUACUGCUGUAUGCCACAUACCACGAUUGCGACCCUCUAACAACCACAUUAGCUAAGGAAAAAGAUCAACUACUUCCCGUCCUUGUUAUGGAAGUUUUAGGGAAAUUUCCUGGAUUACCGGGACUGUUUGUGGCUGGUGUCUUCAGUGCAGCAUUAAGUUCCCUUUCCACGGGAUUGAAUUCCAUGUCUGCAGUAGUACUCGAAGAUGUUUAUAAAUCAUUCCUAAGGAAAGAAGUCACGGAGAAACAAAGUUGCAUAAUAAUGAGGAUAACUGUGAUAAUUUUUGGAAUGAUUUGUGUUGGCAUGGUUGGUAUUGUAGAAAAAUUAGGAGCCGUAUUACAGGCUACAAUGAGUAUUGGGGCUAUUGCCCAUGGACCUUCAUUAGCUCUAUUUAGUAUGGGUGUUCUUCUUCCUUGGGUAACAGCUAAGGGAGCACUUGUGGGUAGUGCCUUUGGUCUGAUCUUUAUGUCCUGGCUGUGUUUGAAUGCACAGGCGGCUCUUGCUUCUGGCAAUUUAAGUUUCCCGGAAAAGCCAGUUGACACAGGCGGUUGCCUUUACCAUUUUACCCCGAACCAACUAUCUGGUUUUCAACUGAAUGCUACUAAUGUCACUCAUACAGAUGAAACCUUCAUGCUCUAUCGAGUUUCGUACCUGUGGUACACAUUAGUGGGCGCAUUAGUUUCUAUGUCUGUAGCUUUAAUCACAAGCUUUAUCACUAGACCAUUAGACCCUAGGGAUAUCGACCCAAAACUACUGGCACCAUUCGUUAGACGGUUCAUUCCGGCAAGGAACUAUCCAAAUCAACCUAAAUCCGACGAAGUCAUAUACGCCUACGAAUUCGAAAGGGUAAGGUGAGAAUAAAAUAAACUGCCCUAAUAACUCUACCUUUUACCACAACAGUAGAUAUAUAUGUAUAUGUACGUAAAUUGUUAGCGUACUUAUUCUCUACUCUAACAAAUGUUCUUUUGGCAGUUUAUUUAUGUAAACUUCCCAUGCGUCAAAAAUUUUAACUAGAACUAUUAAGGGAAGAUCAAUUUGGGUUUAGAAGA